AUGUCUGUGAAUACUCAAAGAUUGUCAGCAAUGAUAGACUCAUUGAACAGUGGCAGCAGUGAAGACGACUUACUAAGCGUACGUCAAACUGUGUCACCCGCUAAAACGUCUCAACCUCUGAAAUCCCCUACUGUUGACGAGUCCCCAACGUCUUUUAAUAACAGAUCAAGCAUGAUUUCUACGUAUUCUGGUGUCGUUCAAGAAGGUAUAGAAGUAUCGUACGUGGUGAAAAAAGCUAUUGUUAGUAGUCCCUUGAAAAAUGAGGCCCAGUUAAAACCCAAAUUACCAGAUUUGCCAUCCGAAGAAACCCUCAGGAAAACUAGUCUUGCAAAUAGAAGUAUAAGUCACUCUAAUAGCACCGGCAAUCUAAUCGUCAAUAAUUUGCCUGACGGGAAGCCAGUUGAAAGAUCAAGCUCAACGAGACAUGGCACAUUAAGACUGCUAACUAGUCCCAAACGUAAGGCAAAAUAUGAUUCGAUUAGCUCCGGUAACAUGGCGAGCGAAAGCGGUUCUUCAUACUACCAGGUGACAAGAGACGAAGAUCCCGCAGAUAAUCGUGUGAGUGCAAUUCAAUUCAAAUAUAACGCAACGGAAUCCAUCCAUAAUUUAGGUGAAGUCAAUGAAUCAGCUGAAAAUGAGUCCAUUGUUUCUAGUAUUGUCCCUUCAUUAACAAUCAAGGAUCAUAGAGAUGAAACUGAAAUUACGCCAUUACGUACAGAACUCAAUUCAUUCAAUCCUACUGUUCCCCCAAGAAAUAAAAAUAGACCUGCCUCAAGAAUCUUUUCUCAAGGUAGUUUGUCUGAUGAGGAAGAGAAAGAUACACCAGAAUUAAUACUUGUCGGGUCCGACGAUGAUGAUCAUAAGGAACACAAUAUCGUGGAGGAUUUGAAAAUGUAUGGAAAUGCAAAGAUAAGGAAUCCUUCAAUAAUUUCAGAAGCAAGCAAUACGAAGUCAGAAGCUUAUUAUUCUGCGGCAAGUAAUUUCUUAGCGGGAGAUGAUAGCAGCUACAUAAGUAGACCAUUACCUGGUUUACCAAAUCGUGAAGAUACAUUAAGGAGAAGUGAAUUUAAAAGCCAGGACAACACAACAGAAUAUGAAGACAUAGGAAGUAUAGACACAAAGGGGAAGCAGGAAGAGAAACCAACCAAAGGCAAGAAGAGGAAUAAUAAUUCGAAAAACACUCGGAUUUCAGACAAUUUUGACAUUGACACAUUGAAUCAACUACUGACGUUGACGCGAGGGACAUUGGUGGGUUCUGAAUUCGCAAACUUAGGUAUGAAAUUGGAAGAGAAGAGACUUCUGGAAAGGCUAGUCGAUUCCCUAUCAAGAUUGACGGCAGACAUGAUUUUAGACCCCGAACGGUAUGAAGAGGGCCUCAGAAGGUUAGAAAAGGCCGCCAAGGCCCUAGAUGGGUUUUAA